UAGAAGCUGAGGUUUCUACCAGUGUUCAAUGACUGGAUAUUGGUCAGCAGUCUCUAAGGUGCAGGGUUGAUUACCUGGUGGGAGCCAGACUAGUAACAGUGAGUGACGUUCAGGGCAGGGUACUGGGCGGAGGCCGGCUAGUGGUUUCAAUCUCUCGGUCACAGCUUUGACGACGCCUGUACUGUCUCUGCCUUUUAGAAGGUAGGGGGGUGAACAGACCCUGGCUCGGGUGGCUGAGGUCCUUGAUGGUAGGAGGCAGGAUUAGGGUUCGUCCCAUACAUUGACCUAUAUAGAGUAGAUGUGUCUGAGUGUAGGGGGCAGGGUGAAGCCUAGGUAGACUAGUAUUACCUUGGUUAAGCCUGUCUGAGCCUCCUCUCGUCACCGGCGAGCUUCAGUUACCAAACAUGUCUUGCCCGUCUUACAUAUGUUCUGACUCCCAGUAUGUGUUGAACAUACAUACUAGGCUCUUCCACAACAACCAAAAUGCAUGCCUUAUGCAAAUAUAUAGUUUUUAAUUUAACUCUCCAAGUCAGUUAAGAGCAAAUUCUUAUUUACAAUGAUGGCCUACCCCAGCCAAUGCUGGGCCAACUGUGUGCCACCCUAUGGGACUCCCAACCACAGCCAGAUGUGAUACAGACUGGAAUCAAACCAGGGACUGUAGUGGCGUCUCUUGCACUGAGAUGCAGUGCCUAAGAUUGCGCCACUCGGGAGCCUUAGGCUCCCUAUACUAAAAAGCCGAAGGCUGUGUUUGUAUAAUGACUCGUAUUAAAUCAGAGAACAUUUUUUUCUGGUAAAAUAUGUACUUCAGCAAUCUCUGAUUUAACUUCCCCAUUUUCAUUCCAAGUGUUAAACCCGAUCAUCGCGAACAGGCUUCGAAUCUCCACGUGCUCGGAUUACGGGUCAGCAGUAGUGCGUUCUGAAGGGCGCUCCUCCUCUAAAACCGCGACGGUUGGGGGUGUGUAGUGACAUGACCGGGGUGCCCAUGACUGUUAUGAUGAUGAUCGUGUGUGCGGUGUCACUGUUUGUACGCGUACUGUAGGAUAGGGUUGCCUCUCAGAAAUGUGCAUUUAAUCAAUAUAACUAACUGUAUUUUCUAUUCAAAAACAUUGAUCGGAAGGGUAGGAGUUUCUUCUCCAACAGACAUUUGAAUUCCAUAUCCGUAUUGAAUCACCUUGGUUGACCUAUUGGCUAUACCCUUGAAGCACUAGCAGACUGGCUCUUUAACCAAACAUAUGCUUAUUCGUAGCGGCGUCGAUCACAGCACAGGACAAGGAACACAUUGCAGUAGCAGUACCGAGAUCUCUUAACCGAACCGGAGACGUAGGCUACGUAGCACUGAGCAGCUGACUUGGAAACACAGGCGCUAUAAUUUUCCCAACGUGGCUGCGUCAAGAGAACUCGACCAAAAAGGGGAUUGCUCAAGGGGAUCGAUUUAAAGACCACCACGGUAUUUGGAGUCGACACACUGUAGGCUACCACUCUCGACUUGUUGAAGAUAACCCACUUAUUUUUCAUUCGCAAAACUGAAGUUCUCGGCUUUCACAUGAUGUACACUAUUACUAGAGGUCCCAGUAAACUUGUUACACAGCGCAGGACAGGUCCCACGCAGCAAAUUGAGAAUAAAACCAACGACUUGAAGCUCAAACCGACCCCCUGGUUAUCCUCAAACUCUCCAACCCCUAAGAUAGUGUUUAAUCGCCUGAACGGGAAGAGAUACCACACUGCAGCCUCACAGAAGGAAGACACCACAUCUGAAGGCUUCACCCCGGCCCAUGAAGAGAAUGUCCGAUUUGUGUACGAAGCAUGGCAGGAAAUCGAGCAGCAGCUGGCAGGUGAUGGAGAAGGCCGUGUGGAGCCUGCUGCUGUAUGUGGCCAGGGGCCCGUGCAGUACGCAGAGAAGACCCCCAGUACCACGACGAAGAACUUUGUGCCUAUAGACCUGGAGGAGUGGUGGGCCCAGCGCUUCCUGGCCAACAUCGCUAACCUGUCGUGACAGGGAGAGAAGGGACAGGAGGUGCUAACUUGCGUGGAAGCCACAUGGGCCAAGCUGUGAUCAGAAGAAGAGGUGCUGGAGGGGUGGAGAGAGGACAUUCUGGUUCUGAAGCUACAGUUUAGUGGGCUUCCUGUAUUUUGGGUUGAAAGGAAUACUGAUAUCUGCACCGUGCGAGGGGAGUGUGUGACACACACACAUCGCUGUACCCCUGAAUGGUCCUGAAGCUGUGAACUUUUAGACUGAACGCUCCACCUCCAAGGAAAAUGCCUGUUCCUGAUUGGCUAAUCAACCAGAAGAACUAAUUCAUGAAGAGUAUCUGUGAUUUUUCUUCCACUUGUGUUUUCUUUUUAACAAGUACCUCCCUGCCCCAACAUGAGUUGUGCUCAGAUUGAAUGAAGUCUAUUUCUUGGCUGGUCUUUGGAGAAAAACAGUAAAAUAUUUUUCACUAUU